GCUCUCUGGAGGCUCUUCAUCCCGACGUCGCUGGUGCAGUUCUCCGUCAUGCCGAUGCACUUGCGCGUGCCAUUCUCCGCAAGCGUCGGGUUUGUGUGGUGCGGCUUCCUGAGCGUCACGCGCGGAGCCGAGUUUACGAUGAGCUGCCGCGGAGAGGCGGUUGCUCCGUGA